AUGUCCGUUCUUGCUCCCGCAUCAAAGUUCAAACUUGCUCUCAUUCAACUGCUCGGCUCACCUGACAAGACCGCCAACCUUGCAAAGGCACGCGACAAGGUCCUUGAAGCUGCCAAGAAUGGUGCCAAUGUCGUUGUUCUCCCUGAAUGCUUCAACUCUCCCUAUGGCACCAACUACUUUCCUGAAUAUGCAGAGUCCUUGUCAUCCAGCCCUUCAGUUGAUAUGCUCUCAGGUGUAGCCAAGGAAGCUGGCAUCUACUUGUUUGGUGGUUCGAUUCCUGAACGUGACGAGAGCACUGGCAAGUUGUACAAUACAUUAACCGUUUAUGAUCCAGCAGGCAAGAUGAUUGCUACCCAUCGUAAGGUUCAUCUCUUUGAUAUCGAUAUUCCUGGCAAGAUUACUUUCAAGGAAAGUGAAACUCUCUCAGCCGGCGAUUCUUUGACGGUGGUCAAUACCAAGUAUGGCAAGAUUGGUGCUGCUAUUUGCUACGAUAUUCGUUUCCCCGAAUUGGCUAUGGUUGCUGCUCGCAAGGGUGCUAUGGCAAUGUUUUACCCUGGUGCCUUCAACCUUACCACUGGCGGUAUGCAUUGGGAAUUACUUCAACGUGCUAGAGCUGUGGACAACCAAAUCUAUGUAGCAGCUUGCUCCCCAGCACGUGACAUGAGUGCAAGCUAUCAUGCCUGGGGCCAUUCUACCAUUGUGAACCCAAGAGGUGAUGUGAUUGCCACAUGCGAGGAAAAGGAAACCAUUGUUUAUGCUGAUAUCGAUCCCGCCGAGAUUGAGACUAUCCGAAGCAACUUCCCCUUGUACAACCAGCGCCGAUUCGAUGUUUAUGCCGAUGUAGCUGACUCGGUGGUGGUGGAUGAAAAUGGCAAUGGUACCAAGAAGCAGUAA